UGACGCGCUUUGCUGAUAUGCUGCUGAAGGCAGUAAAAGGGACUCGGUUCGACACUCAGAAGCUCGCUGUCGCACUCAAACUUUAUUGUGCAGAGCAGUUUGUCAGCAUGUCAUUGGGUCAAAGCCUACGCAGAAUCCCAGCCACGGUUCUGGGCUCCAUGACGUUCGGGGGGCGCGCGGACGCGGACACGAGCGCGAAGAUGGUGAGGGUGUUUUUGGAGCGCGGGCACAGCGAGCUGGACAGCGCGUUCAUGUACACAGACGGGGAGGCGGAGACUCUGAUCGGGGCGAUGCAGCUUCCUCCGGCGGUUCGAAUUUCCACCAAAGCGAACCCCUGGGACGGUAAGACGCUGAAGCCGGAGAGCGUGUGCUCUCAGCUGGAGACGUCGCUCAAGAGGCUGCGCGCUCAAAGCAUCGACAUUUUCUACUUACAUGCUCCAGACCAUGAGAACCCUAUCCUGGACACGCUGAGAACCUGCAAUGAGCUGUACAAAGAGGGAAAGUUUAAAGAGUUCGGCUUAUCCAACUACGCCUCGUGGGAAGUAGCUGAAAUCCACUCCAUCUGCAAACACAACAGCUGGGUCCUUCCCACCGUCUACCAGGGCAUGUACAACGCUAUCACGCGACAAGUGGAGACGGAACUGCUGCCAUGUCUGCGACACUUCGGUAUGCGCUUCUAUGCAUACAAUCCCCUGGCAGGAGGCCUGCUUACCGGAAAAUACCAGUACGAGGAUAAAGAUGGUGCUCAGCCUUCAGGACGCUUCUUUGGAGAUGCACGGGCUGCUGUUUACAGAGACAGCUGGAACACCUGCACAAGUCUGUACAACAGAGUCCUACAGAGACACAGGAGCAUCUAUUUGUCUCACAGGCACUCCCUCUGCAACCACAGUGUAUCACAUGCAGAACAGUGUCAGGGGCUGGAUUUCUUGUCAUCCAUGUCACUUGUAGAUUUCCAUCUUCCAGAUGCCAACCAUAUCCAGCGGGAGAUGGAGCGCCAAUGUUUUGUUUCACACAUGACCUCAUGAUUGCAGCCUGAUAAUUUGCCCUUUUGCAGUGCUGGUGGAGGGCAUCACUUGUUGGGGGGAUAGAUAAUUCUGGCAAGGCUGAUGAUGCCAUACAGAAAGCCUUGUACCUAGCCUCAUUGAUAUUUUCUGCAGCUGGCUGAUCGUACAGAUGGCAUACAUAUUUGCAAAGUAAUGCAAAUGUUGAGUGGUCUAAGUUAAAGUCAGUCCCCAGAUUUUUGAAAGCCUUCAGGUAGACAUCUUUCUCACAUGCCACAGCAAAUGUCUUCCUUUUGCCUUUGCCAUAAAAGGCACUUGUGGAGUCACACCCAGUGAAUGUAUGUAUCCCAAUCAAGGCUGAACACACACUGGCUCCGAGAGCUGAUGACACCUUGGUAAUGUCAAUGAUGCGUGUCCUGUUGCCCGUCCCUGUGAAAAAGUAUAAGCUGCAUGGUAAUUCUUUCUGCAGACUCACAGCAAUGACUUGCCACAUCAGUGUCAGGGCUCUUAAUAAUGACAGUCUUGUGCUCCUGUGCAGCAUGUUGUGCAUGCAAAAACACCCUUGUGUCACAUUCUUCAUGGUCACACUGCAGGUCUUCCACAGCAUGAAUAGACUGCACACCGUCCAGUACAGUCACACAGUGACAUUGGUCUCGAUGUGUUCUGUACAAGCUGAGGUUUUUGCCCACUGCUGUAAGAUCAGCAUUUGUCCACGCAUCAUACAAGAACUCAGCAAGUGCUUCUUUAUUUGUUCCUUCAUAAGAUAUGUGCAUAUAACAAGUCUUGCGUGUCGAAGAUUUAGUUUUUUCAACAGUUUCGGCUGAGUUUUCUUCUUCGGUACUGCUGGAUGAUAGCACUGCUACUCCGGUUAGGUGGCUGCCAUGCUGCUUCUGUUUACAUAGCACAGCUGGUAGCUACCAGCUACCCGAUUCGUCCAGUCUGAUGACGUUUCAACCGUGGUACCUCUCGCGAGCCAAAGUGUUUGUAGCGUGAAUCGCGUGUGGGUGGAGCACAGAGGACGGCAGGACAGAGAUCAGGUUUGUUAACUGGCUUUAUUGCCACACUUUUCAGAGUUGCAAACAGUUUUCACUAGCGCGAGAGACACACACACACAGCGUCUCGUCCGGUUCUCCCUCUGCUCUCGCUCUCCCUCCUUAAAUAGGGCGGUUUACUGGGGAGAACACACAAAACACAGGUUAAUGACACUCAGGUGAAGCGAUUCUGCCACUUACCUUCCCCAACUCCGCCCUCCUGUCACAGACCGGUGCUUGACCACGCCCCCGCUGCCACAUACCCCCACCGCCCGACUCAGGCCGGGCGCCCGUCCGGCCCGCAGCCGACUCCCCCCCCCCCCUUGACGGGAGAGGAAGUCCGCCAUGACCAUCUGCGCCCCCGGCCUGUGGACCACCUUGAAGUUGAAAGGUUGGAGCGCCAGAUACCAACGGGUGAUCCGCGCGUUGGCAU